UCUGUAUAACCCGUUCAAAAUGGUUGUCGUGUUGUGAAAUAGCUCAAGGGAACUUGUAGCACGUGUUGUGUGUUAACCAGCCUGAUAAGAAACUCAAUAAUACAUUCAAUCAACAGAGCUAGAGUGUAAACUAAAUCAUGGACGAACAAGAAGACGACAUAUUUGAUGAAAAUGCCUCUGAGAUCAUGAUUGGUUCUAGAGACUGGAAGAAAAUGGAUUCCAGUUUGAUCAAGCUUGGUUACCGAGAUGGAAUAUCAGAAGGCCAAGAGAUCAACGUUCAGGAGGGCUUUAACCAGGGGUACAGCAUUGCAGUAUCACUGGUGUUCAGUAUAGCUGUACUGCGUGGAGAAAUAAGUGCCAUUCUGUCAAUGAAACACAUACAGCAGACAGCUAUGGACAAAUCUAUGGAAGCUGAACUGGAGCAGCUCCUACAGGAAGUUCGAGAUCUAGAGCAGAGUUGUAUGAAAACAUCCACUAGUAUGGAAAAUAAGGUGGACCAACCGAAGGACAGCAUACAAAGUGGCAAAGAGGACAACAAGGUCGCAGAGGCCGGUAACGAUUCAAACCAAGAGAGUUGUGUGGAUUGUGUAUGUAAAGAGCGGGAUUCUCAAGGUCACGGAUGUGGCCAACGCCAUGAUGUGCAAGGUCAGUUAGUACAAGCCGAGGAGAGAGUGGAUAUAGCUGAACAUUCAUCAGCCACAUCGCCCGAUACAAAAAGAAUGUUAGAAGAGUUACAGAGACGUCUGAAGAUCAUCAUGGAAUCAGUGAAUGUUAAAUGAGUGUUGGAGGUGUAGAGAGUGACCUUUUGUAGAGUUAAAUUACAUGUGUCACAUGUCCACUUAAUUAAAUUGAUGUAGACCACAUCAGGGCACAUUGUAGUCCAAUGCAUUCUAGAUGAGUGAUAAAUGAAAACAAGUCCAUUCAGAAUGAAAGAGAAGUAUAGUGCAAUGCAUCAUUUAAGUGUCACCCUGGUAAAAUAUAAUUAGCCGUCUCCUGCUGACUUGGAUAAGGAGAAUUUGUCCAUAGUUAAUUCGGUGGAGCGUUAGACUUGUAACCCAGAGGUCCCAGGUUAGACUCCUUGUGGAGGCAUUGAAAAAGUAAUGACCCCUGUUACAUUGGGGCCCACUUAGGGACCGGAGUAAUAUUGAAAAAUAUACUCAGCAACACUUUCACGAGAAUCGCUAUGACCCCUGGAAAACUCAGGACAAGUUUUUACCUGGAGGGGGAAUAUGUUACCCUGGUAAAAUACUAGCCGCUUCCUAUUGACUUGACUUGAGAGAUUUUCUCUUUAGCUCAUUUGAUAGAGCGCAAGACCACAGACUUAGAUAACACCCUCUAAUCUAAUUCAGUGGCAAGACUAGUAAGCCAGAGGUCCUGGAUUCGACUCCUGGUGAUGGCAUUGUAAAAAAAAUGACCUGUGUUGCAUGAGGAAUCAAGACAAAGUCCUGGAAAAUGUUAUGACUGUUAUUAACAUGUUAGAGCUGGAGUGAGGAAGCAGCUCUGUGACUCAACACACAUCAGGAAACCUUGCACUCAAUUUGUUAUAAAGAAGGAAACCUAAUGUGUAGUUAACAACUCUGUCUAUUGAUGUAAUAGUAGUGUUCUCACUGUAUUUGGGUAUUCAGUCCCCAUUACCAGAUAAAUUAUAAACCAAUUAUGCAAUCGAUCAUCCGUUGGUUUACUACUUCCGAUUACAAACCGAUCAUGGAUUAUGAUUUGGAAUCGAUUGCCCAUCAUUACCAUCUAGUAACUAGUCCUUUUAUAUAAACUCUGUUGACUUCUUGGUAAUGUAACAUCGUUCAUUAAGGUAUUUCUCUCGCAAGACAAGUGUGUGAAUGUUAUUGUCCAUCUUGAAUCUCGAAUAAUAAAUUAUUUCAG